GUAGCGUGGUAGAGUUCCUGACCUAACAUGCCUGAGCCUGUUAAGUCCGUUCCCGCCCCGAAGAAGGGCUCCAAGAAGGCCGUCACCAAGGCCCAAAAGAAGGAUGGCAAGAAGCGCAAGCGCAGCCGCAAGGAGAGCUACUCGGUGUACGUGUACAAGGUGCUGAAGCAAGUGCACCCCGACACCGGCAUCUCCUCCAAGGCCAUGGGCAUCAUGAACUCGUUCGUGAACGACAUCUUCGAGCGCAUCGCGAGCGAGGCGUCCCGCCUGGCGCAUUACAACAAGCGCUCGACCAUCACGUCCCGGGAGAUCCAGACGGCCGUGCGCCUGCUGCUGCCCGGGGAGCUGGCCAAGCACGCGGUGUCGGAGGGCACCAAGGCUGUCACCAAGUACACCAGCUCCAAAAUCCUGUGGAACAAAUUCUAUUAUCUUCCUUCCUUUUAAAGUUGAGGAAAUUAAAAUGAUUGUACGGAAGCUGCAACAUAAAUAGAGGCUUGUCUGAGUGGAGACCGAAGUGUGAACUACCCUCCACAAUAUGAUCCUGAAAAAGAAGUAUUUAAUACAUUAUAAAAAUAAAGGUUUCAAUCUAUCCCA